AUGUAUAAAAAUAUCAGACUGUGCAUUUCAUUGUUCCCAAAAAACAUUGGGCACAUUUGUAGAGAGAACCAUUUGAUACCAGUCUUCCAUUUAGGUAGAAGGAAGAAUAGCCAACAUAGCAAAGAAAGAAAUGAGGCGAAUUUCUCAGAAAUCCCCAUUGAAAGAAUAAGAAACUUUAGCAUUAUUGCUCAUGUAGAUCAUGGAAAGAGUACACUAGCAGAUCGUCUCUUGGAGUUCACAGGUGCUAUUAAAUCUGGUCAAAAUCAAAUUCUUGAUAAGCUCCAGGUUGAGAGAGAAAGAGGUAUCACAGUCAAGGCACAGACUGCUUCAUUAUUGUAUAAAUAUAAUGGAGAAGAUUAUUUGCUAAAUCUGAUUGAUACUCCUGGUCAUGUAGAUUUCUCAAAUGAGGUUUCCAGGUCAUUGUCUGCUUGUCAGGGUGUCAUAUUAUUGGUUGAUGCAAAUGAUGGAGUACAAGCUCAAACUGUAGCGAAUUUUUACCUUGCAUUUGGUAAUGAUUUGGUCAUUAUACCUGUUCUUAACAAAAUUGAUUUGAAAAAUGCUGAACCUGAAAGAGUAUGUAAUCAAUUGCAAACCUUGUUUGAUAUAAAUCCCAAUGAUGUAUUGAAGAUAUCAGCAAAGCUAGGAUUGGGAAUUGAUGAUGUCCUAAAAAGAAUCGUAACAAAUCUACCUAGUCCUGUAGCCGAUAAAAACGCAAACUUUCGGGGAUUAUUAUUCGACAGUUCUUAUGAUAGAUACAGAGGUGCACUGAGUUUGAUUUAUGUGCAAGAUGGGUCUAUAUCUAUUGGAGAUAAUAUUGCAUCCUUCCACAGUAAAAAGGAGUAUGAAGUCAAGACACUCUCCUUGUUGAGGCCAGAUGAAGUUCCUGUUGAUAAAUUAGUUGCAGGACAAAUAGGGUUGUUGGGUUGCAACAUGAGAUCAAGCAAAGAAGCCCAUAUAGGAGACACCAUUUACCAUAAAAAUACAUCGGUCGAACCUUUAUCGGGCUUCCACCCAUCGAAACCAAUGGUAUUUGCAGGAAUUUAUCCUAUGGACCAGUCCCAGCAUGUGAAUAUAAGGAGUGCCAUUGAAAAAUUGACUUUGAAUGACUCUGCUGUUAGUGUCGAGGUUGAUACAAGCCCAGCUCUCGGCCAAGGUUGGAGGUUAGGUUUCCUAGGCCUCCUGCAUCUUGAAGUGUUCACUCAAAGACUACAGCAAGAAUAUAGUAUGGACCCGAUUAUUACGGCACCAUCAGUUACGUACAAGAUCAAAUUAAAACCAACUAAACAGAAUAUGAAAGAUGACAGCAACGUUAUUCUUAUUAAUAAUCCAGCAAAUUUUCCCGAUCAUCUUCAAAUUGAGGAGUGUUUCGAACCAAUGAUAAUAGGAACAAUUAUUACCCCAGACAAAUACCUAGGACAGAUAAUCUCCCUCUGCAUGGAACGCAGAGGUGUUCAGAAAAGUGCAAACAACAUAGACAAUGAAAGAGUGAUACUGCAAUAUGAGUUGCCUCUCUGUGAGGUAGUUUUGGACUUUCAUGAUGCUCUGAAAACCAUCUCGUCAGGGUAUGCUAGUUUCGACUACGAAGAUAACGGCUAUCAGAGCAGUAAUUUAGUAAAGUUAGCCAUUCUAUUAAACGGGAAACUAAUAGAUGAACUAAGUGGUAUUGCCCAUAUCACGAAAGCACAAACAAUAGGUAGGCGGAUGGUACUGAAAUUGAAAGAAAUGAUUCCGAGGCAACUUAUUCAUAUAGCCAUACAAGCAACCGUGAACGGAAAAGUUGUCGCAAGAGAGAAUAUCAAACCAUUUAGAAAAGAUGUGACAGCUAAAUUGUAUGGUGGGGAUGUAACAAGAAGAAUGAAACUUUUGGCUCAACAAGCUGCAGGUAAAAAGAAAAUGAGGAUGAUUGCUAAUAUUUCUCUGCCCAGAGAAACGUUCAUAGAUGUAUUGAAAAAGUAA